AUGUUUGAUAUCAUGGCUUACCCGCAGCUAGGAUACCCCUACUCACCUUCACACCAGGUAAGGCUUCUCUCACUAGAAGAAACAAGUGUGGUGAAGGAAAACAUUUUUUGUCUCUGUUACUAUAGUGUCUUCGGGUUUGCACAUAAAUCAUAUAGCCAACUUUUUGUUUGCUUGACAAAAUAACUAAUUUAUUGAUAGCCUUUUUCGUUUUGUGCUCACGCAUUGCGUAUUGGUUAUAUUCUUCCUGAAGAAUCUAUUCUUGUAUUCGCGCCAGUUCCUCAUGAGCACAAGCUCUCUGGCCAACUGCCUCGAGCCUGGCGGAAGGUCUCUCCUGGACUCCGGUGUGAUGCCUCCCUCUCCCCAGCCUCUCCGGUGCCCGGUGUACGAGAGCAGGCUGCUCGGCUCCCCGGGCCAGGAGCUACCAACCCCGGCUAUAGGUCUGGGUGUGUACGGAGCUGCCUAUGGAAAGAGCCAGGGCUACUAUGGCACCUGUGGAGGCGACGCAACAGCUCUAUAUGCCAGGGUAGGUACUUUUCUAUAUUGACUUCCCUUUUUUUUCUAUCUUUCUUCUUGUUUCACUUAAUUCGUAAUGUCAGCGGAAAUAAAAAGGCCAAACAUUUGCCCAAUUCGUGCGUACUGGACUGAUCCAUAUCUUUGGUGGGCAACGUAGCCUAAACAAAACUAUUUUUGACAGUCAGGUUUUGAAAGAUUUUUGUCAAGUUUUCUCAAUCACAAUGAACGAAUAAUUAAUAAUAAACUAUUUUGAUUUCAUAUUUGCAGGGAACAUUGGAGUCCAAAGAUGGAGCGUCUGUGCAUGUGGGGGCCUCUCAAACCCCUGCUUACUAUCCGUACGAUUACGCAUUUGGGCAGUAUCCAUAUGACCGAUAUGGGUAUGUCUACUAAACAUGUUAUAUGUUUCUAAAUAACUUAUAAUUCUGUUAGAAAACAUUUCAAUAUUAUCAAAACGUGAGAAAUAGGGAUAACGCAUGCGUAAUUGAUGCAUAAAAGAGUUACAUUUAAGAACGCAUAUCUCUUGCACAAUGUAAUAAGUCAAACCCCUUAUAGUUCCAAGUACAAGGAGGAAAAAGUACAAUAUUUGAAAACUCCAGCACAUCUUAGAUCCAAUAAACAUAGUGUUGAAAAUACAAGAUUUGGAAGAGUUUCUCUUUCAAAUAAACCCCUAUUCUGACACCCCUCCCCUCUCCUCCCUUCUACCAGGUAUGGGUCAUCAGUGGACAGUGCAGCGGCCAGGAGGAAGAACGCUACCAGGGAGACCACUAGCACUCUGAAGGCCUGGCUGCAGGAGCACCAGAAGAACCCGUACCCCACCAAAGGAGAGAAGAUCAUGCUGGCCAUCAUCACCAAAAUGACACUCACACAGGUAACAACUGGCUCAGUGUUUGGAGACUGAAUAUGUUAGUUGGAGCUCUACUGAACUUAUCAUGCAUUCCAGUACAGGUCUGAUCGAAGAGCACUACGUACUCGUUAAUCACAGUGCUCCUCACUUUUUGAGGAGCACUACACUGUAAAGGGGUUGCAGUGAAUUUGACAGUAACUUACAGGCAGCUCAGUGGCAAGUAAAAUUAUAUAUUUCAUUUUAUAAACUGGGUGGUUCGAGCCCUGAAUGCUGAUUGGCUGAAAGCCGUGGUAUAUCUGACUGUAUCCAUGGGUAUGACAAAAAAAUACUUUAAACUGUUCUAAUUACGUUGGUUACCAGCUUAUAAUAGUAAUAAGGCACAUCGGGGGUUUGUGGUAUAUGGCCAAUAUGCCACAGCUAACGGCUGUAUCCAGGCACUCAGAGUUGCGUCGUGUAUAAGAUUAGCCAUUAGCCAUGGUAUAUUGGUCAUAUACCACACUCCUUCUGGCCUUAUUUCUUAAUUACAGCACUCCAGGGGUAGACAACCCUGUUCCUGGAAUGCCACAGGUACUGCAGGAUUUUGUUACAACUAGGCACCACACCUGGCCAACUGAGCUAAUUGAUCAGUGAUUGCCUAAAUUCCACACAACUGGUUUUCCAGGUCGGUUAAAUCCAAAACAUGAAGUGCCCGUGGCACUCCAGGACCAGGGAUGCCUAUCCCUGCAGUACACCUGCUGUAAUAUAAAUACGGUAUCAAAGCAAGUACUGUAUAAUGACACACGUAGUACAAUACUGUAAAAUUGACUGUAUUAUACUUUUAAAAAUAAAUAAGUAAAGGCUACCAUAAUCGGAAUGAAUGAAUGAAUGGAUGACCGAAUGAAAUUCAUUGAGGGGAGGGGUUUGUAUUUCACAGUAUUUUACUGUAAUUACAAGGGAUUGGUGCAAGCAGGUUGGCUGCUUCGUAAAGUGUUUACACAUUACAGCAUAUUAAUGAAUAUUUGGUGUUUUAUAUCAUUUGCACUUCUAGAGGUCUUAAAAAAUGCUUCCAAAAUGUCAGCGACUACAAGGCAAAACAGACCAAAAGGACAUGUCAAAAUGCUAAAUCAUUUAAGGUUUAAGACUUGCUGCCACUCCAAUCUGUCCCCUAUACAUUUUUAAUUGAUGAGGCACUAUAUCCACAUACGAGUUAAAUUGGUACAGCGUUCUCACUCACGGGUGCAACCAGAGCUCCCGGAAAACGUGUGGUGAGACAGCAUUUCCCCCAGUACUUUAUAAUCUGAUGUGGCCACUUUCAAAGCAGCAGUACAGACCGGGCCAGUAACUUCUCAGUGCUUUUUUGUAUUCCAGUUCAACAUUUACCUGCUCUGUCGCCGUCUACCAUUGAAAACCAUUGAAGACUACACUCAGAAAAGUCUUGCUAUUUGUACGCUCCAUCAAGUCACAACUUCUCGAGCACUACAGAAGUUGAUAGCUAAAUUCACACAGCACAUACGAGCUGUCUUCAGGAAAAAGAAGCGCCCAUCAAUCUACUUGCUGAGCUUAUUUAUUUUAGGGAAAGUAAUUUACAAAAGUAAACCUUCAAUAGUUAACAUACUAGCAAUAUGCUGGCUACUAUCGAUAGUCUGCAAAGAGAAAGCUACAAAAUACACUUCAGCAUUUCUCUUUGCAAGCCUACUGUAGCCAGUUAGAUAUUUCUUUUGGAACACAAUUGUCUUAAAGGGGCCGCAUCCUAUUUUGAGAUGUAAAAAAAACGUAUCAAAAUAAUAUACUUUAGAAACAUAAAGUAAUGCAAAAAUUAAUGACUUACAUUGCUAAAUUAUAUUAAACAACUUUUUAAUACAUAUCAUAAUAACCAAAUAUAGGCUAUUAAUAGCUGCAUAUAGAGAGAAAGCAUGGCAACCUAGGCCACAUCACUUUUGAACCUGUGGUGCAGCCUCUGGGUGCAACAAAUAUUGCCUCUUACAAGGCACACCUCAAAAUAUGUUAAUGAGACAGAAACAACAAUACCAUGCACCCGCUAGUGGUCAAAAGGUUUUUGGAGCUCCAAAGAUAUGGUACGGUACUGUAUUCUGUGGGGUGGAAUUUCAGUACCAUUCGAAAUACAACAAUUCUUUCCCCGCCCACAACAUUUUCCCACAAUGCACCAUAAUUUACAAUAUGCUAGAGUAUUUUACUUUUGAUAAUACCCCAAAUUACCGUAUAAUUUACAGUUUUCCGUUAGUGUCGGCACUGGUUAAUCACAGAAAAAGAUUACAUCCCACAGAAAUGUAUUCUGCUUUAUCCUAAACCCUCCAAAAUACAUAAUUACAAACACAGGUUGAAGAGGUUGGAGCAGAGAGCAGCCAUACUGCAGUGCCCCUGGAGCAUUUUUAGGGGUUAAGUGCCUUGCUCAAGGCCACAAAGGCCGGCUUGGGAAUUUAUCAAAUAUCUAAUAAUUUCUUAAUGCGUUUGUUCAUUCAGGUAUCCACGUGGUUUGCCAAUGCACGGCGGAGGCUGAAGAAGGAGAACAAAGUCACAUGGUCACCACGAGCCAAUAAGAGCUCUGACGAGAGGGGCUGUGAUGAUGACAGCGAUGGUGCAGAGGGAUCGCAAGAGGAGGAGCCAAUCAAAAGCGAGAUAGAUGUUGAUGGUGAGUGCAUGUGUACCAUAGAUUUAAAAUGGCGUCCCAUUCAUUUAGAUGGAAGUUGCUUUCUAUCAGGCUGUCAAGUUUAUGAUUGUUAAAACAUCUAUGCAUUUUUUCAUUGAAGAUUCUGUAACAGGGAGGUGUGUGGACCUACAACAAAGUGAUCUGGAGGAUUUUGAUCUGCUAGAGUCGGAUGGUUCUGACUGCGACCCUAAACACCAGUUUCACACCAAGGACACCCCAGUACACACACCACCGGACCACCGCCACCACCCCAAAGACCCUUCCACCAGCCCACUCAGACAUACCACAGACACAUCCCGACACGGGAAUGAGCGGUUGUCACUCUCAGCAGACUGCCCCAAACACACACCAGACCAUGACCGAACAACCAACUUAUUCUACACUCAACAGGACCUGCGAAGUACAGAGAGCAGUAAACCUAAAAUCUGGUCCAUCGCACAAACUGCUGCUAUCCAACCUGAAUUCCCUGCAUGCAUGCACACAGCCACCCCCAGCGAGACUCUCUCCCCAGGGGGGUAUCCAACUGAAGUACCCCACCUGAAGGUGGGGGCGGCUGGGCAGCAGGACUCGCCGGUGGCUACCCUCAGAGAUUGGGUGGACGGGGUCUUCCAUGACCCACUGUUCAGACAGAGUUCCUUUAACCCUGUGUUGUCCAAGCCAGCCAUGGACAGGGCAUGGAUUGGGUUAAAUAGACAGGUGAUGGAAGGCAGAACUCUGGGACAACAUUCUAUUGAACAUGUUACCUCGUCUUUGCAGCAUGUAUAG